GCAUGCGAAUGUAUGCGUUCAUUAGAGAUGCACUGAAUGCAGCAUGCGCUGCUCUGUAAGUGAGGAGAGUCAUAUGAGGAGUACAGAGAAUACUUUGUGCCCCUGUUGGCGAGAUGGUUGAGUCCUCGUCAAGGUUGCUGCUGUUGGUCUCCUCAUACAUCCAGCGCUGACUGACUCCAGCGAUCAGUCUCCUCUCCAGCGCGAGGAAUAUCCGUUUCUGCCGGACUCUUGAGACUAUAAAAGCAGCUGAUAAUGAGGGAUGGCGAGGAUUUCUAGUGCUUUCACAUAGAGGAUGUAUCAGAUGCGCUCACGCUACCACGAUGACGAUUAAAACUGGAUUUAUCAUUGGGAAUAUAGUGUUCUGCUGUAUACUGUCGUGUGUGCAUGGUUUCAUUUUUACAUGUGGUGGGACAUUAAAAGGGAAAAAUGGGACCAUAGAAAGUCCAGGUUUUCCUCAUGGAUACCCUAACGGAGCGAACUGUACGUGGGUUAUUGUAGCCGAGGAGAGGAGCAGAAUACAUUUAGUUUUUCAGUCCUUCGCUGUGGAGGAAGAAUAUGACUUUUUAUCUUUAUAUGAUGGACAUCCUCAUCCUGCAAACUUCAGGACAAGGUUAACAGGAUUUCAGGUGCCAGCGCCUGUCACAAGUACCGGAUCCAUAUUUUCCCUGCGUCUUACCAGCGACUUUGCUGUAAGCGCCCACGGAUUUAAAAUAUAUUAUGAAGAACUACAAAGCAGUUCUUGUGGGAAUCCAGGAGUUCCUGCCAAAGGAAUCCUGAACGGAACAAGCUUCAAUGUGGGAGACAGAAUCCGGUACCACUGUGUGGCUGGAUAUACCCUGGACGGCCACGCACAGCUGACCUGUGUCACCAGCACAUCUAAUGUAGCGGUGUGGGAUUUUCCUAUUCCCAUCUGCAGAGCUGCGGACACAUGUGGUGGGACCUUCCGCGGGUCCGGUGGCACCAUCUCCAGUCCAGACUUUCAGAAGGACUAUCAGAGCAGUGGCGAGUGCACGUGGACCAUCCUGGCUGAUCCAGGAGACACCAUCUCACUAGUCUUCACUGAAUUCCAGAUGGACAGCAAACUCGACUCUUUAGAAGUUGAGGGAUCCGAUCCACCAACGAUAUGGUUAUCAGGAAUUAAUAUUCCUGUGCCCAUAGUCAGCAACAAGAACUGGCUACGGCUUCAUUUCAUCACAGACAACAGUCAUAGGCAUAAAGGAUUCAGUGUCCAGUAUCAAGUGAAACGAUCUGGAGAUUUUAAAUCAAGGGGAGUGAAAUUAUUGCCCGGAAAAGACAACACAAGUAAAUUUUCAAUAAUGAAUGAAGGGAUGGUCAAGCAGGUCUCCAACUUCUGCCCGGACCCCGGGGAACCAGAGAACGGCAAGCGCGUUGGCACUGAUUACAGCAUCGGUGCGACGGUUCAUUUCACCUGUGAUGGGGACCAUGUGCUUCAGGGAUCCAAGAGCAUCACGUGCCAGAGGGUCGCUGAGGUGUUCGCGGCCUGGAGUGACCAUAGACCCGUCUGUAAAGUGAAAACAUGUGGGAUGAACCUCUUCGGCCCUUCAGGAACGUUUACAUCGCCUAAUUUCCCUAUCCAGUAUGAGAGCAAUUCACAGUGUGUUUGGAUUAUCACCGCCAGUAACCCCAAUAAGGUUAUUCAAAUCAAUUUCGAAGAGUUCGACUUGGAGCUGGGAUAUGAUACAUUGACUGUCGGAGACGGUGGAGAGGUUGGCGACUCGAAAACAAUCAUACAAGUGUUAACAGGCAGUUUCGUCCCUGACCUCAUCGUCAGUAUGACCCAUCAAAUGUGGCUGCAUUUGCAGUCUGAUGAAAGUGUUGGCUCUAUUGGCUUUAAGAUCAACUAUAAAGAAAUUGACAAGGAAAGUUGUGGGGAUCCCGGCAUCCCUCUGUACGGACUCCGAGAGGGCGGGGGCUUCUCCAACGGAGACGUGCUGCGCUUCGAAUGCCAGUUCGGAUUCGAGCUCAUUGGCGAAAGAAUGAUUUCCUGUCAGAAUAACAAUCAGUGGUCUGCUAACAUCCCCAUCUGUAUAUUUCCCUGUAUGUCCAACUUCACGGCCGCCAUGGGAACAGUUCUGUCUCCAGACUAUCCGGAAGGUUAUGGCAACAACCUCAACUGCGUCUGGCUGAUCAUCGCUGAACCAGGUAGCCGCAUCCAUUUGGCCUUCAAUGAUUUCGACCUGGAGCCUCCCUACGACUUCCUAACUGUAAGAGACGGAGAGCUGGUGGACGCUGUGGUGUUGGGACGCUUCUCUGGGGCAGAAGUGCCGUCGCACCUCACCAGCAACUCCAACAUCCUCCAGCUGGAGUUUCAGGCUGACCACUCGAUGUCCGGUCGAGGAUUCAACAUCACAUACAGUACGUUUGGACACAAUGAGUGCCCGGAUCCCGGAGUGCCUAUGAAUGCCAAGCGCUUUGGUAAUAAUUUCCAGCUGGGAAACUCCAUCUCAGUGGUGUGUGAGGAGGGCUUCAUAAAGACGCAAGGCUCGGAUACUAUUGUGUGUGAACUGGAGGCGGGAAAGGUGAUGUGGAGUGGUUUGAUCCCCAAAUGUGAAGCGCCCUGCGGAGGCCAUUUCACUGCUCCGGUGGGAGUCAUUCUGUCCCCGGGGUGGCCCGGCUACUACAAAGAUUCCCUGAGCUGUGAGUGGGUCAUCGAGGCCGAGGUGGGACGCUCCAUCAAGAUAAGCUUUGACAGGUUCCAGACAGAACUCAAUUAUGACUUUCUAGAGGUUCACGAUGGGCCUAAUCUCCUCUCACCCCUAAUCGCCUCUCUAAAUGGCACCCAAGUCCCUCAGUUCCUGUUCAGCAGCAGCAACUUCCUGUAUCUUCUCUUCACCACCGAUAACAGUCGCUCUAACAGUGGCUUUAAGCUCUUUUAUGAAAGCGUCACUCUGGACACUCACUCAUGUUUGGACCCCGGCGUGCCCAUAAAUGGGAUGCGUUAUGGGCAGGACUUGGCCAUCGGCUCGGUGGUGUGGUUUGGCUGCGAGCCUGGAUACAGACUGAGCCACGAGGAACAGUUGGUCUGUGAGAAGAACCACUGGUGGAGCCACCCUCUGCCGACAUGUGACGCUCUGUGCGGAGGCGAUGUCCAGGGCCCAGAGGGCAUCAUCCUCUCUCCUGGCUUUCCAGAGCUCUAUCCCAACUCAUUAAACUGCACAUGGACUCUGGAGGUCAGCCAUGGCAAAGGUGUGCAGUUCACGUUUCAUGCGUUUCACCUGGAGGAUCACCAUGACUACCUGCUCCUGACAGAGAACGGCAGUUUUGCGCGGCCUCUCGCCCGGCUCACCGGUUCGCAGCGGCCCCCGCCAGUCAACGCCGGGCUGUACGGCAACUUCAAGGCUCAGCUUCGCUUCAUCUCAGACUUUUCCAUCUCCUUCCAGGGUUUCAACAUCUCUUUCUCAGAAUAUGAUUUGGAGCCAUGUGAGGACCCUGGUGUGCCCCAGUUUGGCAGGCACAGCGGUGGCAGAUUUGGCAUCGGCGACACUCUGACGUUCUCCUGUGACCUUGGUUACCGCCUGCAGGGCGCUCGAGAAAUCACUUGCCUGGGCGGUGGGCGGCGCAUAUGGAGUGCACCUCUGCCAAGGUGUGUGGCUGAGUGCGGCUCAACUGUUUCCAAGAACGCCGGUGUCCUGUUGUCCCCAAACUACCCUCGCAAUUACGAGAACAACCACGAGUGCAUCUACAACAUUCAAGUACAGGCAGGAAAAGGAAUCAACAUCUCAGCUAGCACCUUUAAUCUGGCUCACGGUGAUGUUCUCAAGUUGUAUGAUGGUCCAGACAACACGGCUGAAGUUCUGGGAGGUUUCUCAGGUUCCUCUAUGUUGGGUCAGUCGUUGACCAGCACGUCGAAUCACCUGUGGCUGGAGUUUUAUUCUGAUCAAGAGGAUACGGCUGAGGGUUUUAAGCUGGUUUACAGCAGUUUUGAACUUUCUCAUUGUGACGAACCUGGUGUGCCUCAAUUUGGAUCCAAAAUCAGUGACCAAGGCCACUUUGCUGGCAGCGUGGUCACAUAUCACUGUGAUCCUGGCUACAGUCUCCAUGGCAGCAGCAUAUUGAGAUGUAUGACUGGCGAGAGACGGACGUGGGACCACCCGCUCCCCUCAUGCAUAGCGGAGUGUGGGGGAAGUUUUAAAGGUGAGUCAUCCGGACGGAUACUGUCUCCCGGAUACCCGUUCCCAUAUGACAACAACCUCCGUUGCACAUGGACCAUCGAGGUGGACUCCGGAAACACUGUCAGUCUGCAGUUCUUGGCAUUUGACACAGAGGCAUCACAUGAUAUCCUGAAGGUUUGGGACGGGCAUCCGGAAAACGAGAUGGCCCUGAAGGAAGUGAGUGGUUCUCUGUUACCCGACGGUGUUCACAGCACUCUUAACGUGGUCACCAUCCAGUUCGAGACGGACUUCUACAUUAGCAAAUCCGGAUUUGCCAUUGAUUUCUCAAGUUCAGUGGCGACCGCCUGCAGGGACCCAGGGACGCCCAUGAACGGCAGCCGCAGCGGAGAGGGCAAAGAGCCCGGCGACACUGUGACCUUCGCGUGUGAUCCAGGCUACGACCUGCAAGGCGAGCCCAGGAUCACCUGCAUUCAGGUGGACAACAGAUUCUACUGGCAGCCCAGUCCUCCUACAUGUAUCGCUCCUUGUGGUGGAAACAUUACUGGCUCAUCUGGAUUCAUUCUGUCACCAAAUUUCCCCCAUCCGUACCCGCACAGCAAGGACUGUGAUUGGUUCAUCACAGUUCACCCUGAUUACGUCAUUUCCUUGGCAUUUAUCAGUUUUAGCAUUGAGCCCAACUAUGACUUCUUGUACAUCUAUGAUGGACCUCACAGCAACAGCGUUCUGAUCGGCACAUUUCAAGACAGCAAGUUGCCUGAAAAGGUCGAAAGCAGCUCCAACAUCAUGCACAUUGCCUUCCGCAGCGAUGGAUCCGUGAGCUACACGGGCUUCCAUCUGGAAUACAAGGCUAAACUGCGUGAGGCUUGUUUUGACCCGGGCAGCGUGAUGAAUGGCACUCGGUUGGGUGGAGACUAUAAGCUGGGCUCCACUGUGACCUUCCACUGUGAUCCAGGCUACCAGCUCCAGGGUUAUUCCAGUCUCACCUGUGUCAUGGGCAGCACCAACAGACCCGAGUGGAACAGAGCUCUGCCCAGCUGCCAAGCUCCAUGUGGAAGCCGGUCUACGGGUUCAGAGGGCACAAUUUUGUCCCCAAACUACCCUCGCAACUACACCACGGGCCAGUCCUGUGUGUAUGAGAUCUCUGUGCCAGGAGAGUUCGUUCUCUUCGGCCAGUUUAUGUUCUUCCAGACGACCCCUAAUGAUAUGCUUGAGAUCUUUGACGGGCCCUCGACAGAGUCUCCGCUCCUCACCUCUGCCCACAGCUCUCACUCUGGAGAGCCUUUGCCACUGAGCUCUGCCAAUGAAAUCACCAUCAGGUUCAAAACCGAGGGACCAAACACAGCUAAAGGUUUUCAUUUUGUGUAUCAAGCUGUUCCAAGGACCAGCGCUUCCCAGUGCAGCUCCGUGCCCGAGCCUCGUUAUGGGAAGCGCAUUGGGAAUGACUUUGGACUGGGCACGGUGGUGCUUUUCGAGUGUAACCCAGGUUACACUCUGCAUGGUGCCAGUGCCAUCAGGUGUGAGGCAGUGCCCAACUCACUGGCCCAAUGGAACGGCACUGUGCCAACAUGUGUCGUUCCGUGUGGAGGAGUUCUGACCACGCGCCGCGGGACCAUUCUGUCUCCGGGUUACCCCGAUCCCUAUGACAACCAUCUGAACUGUGUUUGGAAGGUCUUUGUGCCGGAGGGAACUGGAAUCCAAAUUACAGUUGUGACUUUUUCCACCGAACACAAUUGGGACUCACUAGACUUUUACGAUGGUGUCGACAGCAAUGCUCCACGACUAGGGAGCUAUUCGGGAACCACGAUUCCACCCCUGCUGAACACCACAUCCAACAACCUGUUCCUCACCUUUCAGACUGACAUGAGCAUUUCUGGAGCUGGUUUUCACUUGGAAUAUACAGCAAUAGGUUUGGACUCCUGCCCAGAACCUCAAACCCCGAGCAAUGGUGUGAAAGUGGGCGACCGCUACUUCGUGGGUGAUGUUGUCUCAUUCCACUGUGAACAAGGAUACACUCUAAAGGGAAGUGCAUAUAUAACCUGCAUGCCAGGGCCUGUCAGAAGAUGGAACUACCCAGCACCCCUCUGUCUGGCCGAGUGCGGGGGAUUCCUGUCAGACCUGAAUGGAGUCAUCCUAAGUCCCGGCUUUCCUGGAAAUUACCCCAGUGGGCUUGACUGCAACUGGACAGUUAAACUUCCUGUUGGCUUUGGGAUUCACCUGCAAUUCCUCAACUUCUCCACGGAAGCUGUGCAUGACUACCUUGAAGUCCGUAGCGGGACACUAGACUCGGGCUCGGUGAUCGAUAGAUUCAGUGGUCCCCUUGUUCCAGAAUCUUUCUUCAGCACGACCCACGAGACCAGCUUCUUCUUUCACAGCGACUACUCACAGAACAAACCCGGUUUCCACAUCACCUACGAGGCAUAUGAACUGCAGAGGUGUCCGGAUCCACGGCCCUUUCGGAAUGGUGUGGUGAUUGGCAGUGAUUUUGGAGUGGGCAUGACCAUCUCGUUCCAGUGCCUGCCGGGACACACGCUGCUGGGUGAAGCGUCACUCACGUGUCUGCAUGGCAUCAGCCGGAACUGGAACCAUCCUGUGCCUCGCUGUGAAGCACUUUGUGGUGGGAAUAUCACGGCUCUCAAUGGGACCAUCUACUCUCCGGGCCACCCGGCUGACUACCCCAAUCUUAAAGACUGCAUAUGGAGCAUCCGAGUACCUCCAGGCAACGGCAUCCACGUCAACUUCACCGUGCUCAACACCGAGCCCAUCUACGACUACAUCACCAUCUGGGAUGGCCCUGAUCAAACAUCCCCACAGAUCGGUCAAUUCAGCGGCAGCUCGCCUCAGGAGGCAGUUUCCAGCACGUCCAAUCACAUCCUGCUCAAGUUCCACAGUGACUUCAGCACCAGCGGAUUCUUUGUUCUGCGUUACCAUGCUUACCAACUUCGUGUCUGUCAACCUCCCCCACGUGUCGCCAACGCAGAGAUCCUGGCUGAAGAUGAUGAAUUCGAAAUUGGAGACAUCAUCAGGUACCGCUGCCUGCCGGGCUUCAGGCUGCUCGGGAGCGAGAUCUUGACCUGUAGGUUGGGCGAGCGACUGCAGAUGGAUGGUCCUCCUCCGGUCUGCCAAGUGCAAUGUCCUGACAAUGAGGUUCUGUUCGACUCAACGGGCAUAAUCCUGAGUCCAGGUUAUCCUGACAGCUAUCCCAACCUUCAGAUGUGCUCCUGGAUGAUCAACGUAGAGAAGGGCUACAACAUCACACUGCACUUUGAACUCUUCCAGACGGAGAAAGAGUUUGAUAUGCUGGAGAUCUUUGAUGGGCCCAAUAUUUACAGUCAGAGUCUGUCUGUGUUGAGCGGAGAUCUCAGCGUGCCCUUCAACAUCACCACAACGGGUCACCAGCUGUUUCUCCGCUGGUCAUCUGAUCAUGGCACCAACAAAAAGGGCUUUCGUAUCACUUACGUGGGUGAGUAUCAAACGAUGUACUGCAGCACCCCAGACUCUCCGCAGCACGGUUUUGUGGUCAGCCAGACAGGCGGCCACGUCAACAGCGUCGUCCGCUGGGCCUGUGACCGUGGCUACAGGCUCAUCGGGAAAAAUAUGGCCGUCUGCAGGAGAACUGAGUUCGGUUAUCUGGCCUGGGACUCUUCCGUGCCGGCAUGUCAAGCUGUGUCCUGUGGGCCCCCGGUGGCCCCUGUGAACGGAGGCAUGCUGGCUGCUGAUUAUUCAGCAGGAACACGAGCCACCUACUUCUGCAACGAUGGCUUUCGUCUGUCCUCUAAAGAGGUGACCAGCACCGUGUGUCAGGCUGACGGCACGUGGAGCAACCACAAUAAAAUCCCUCGCUGCACAGUUGUGGUCUGUCCCAGUAUUGGCUCCUUCACCCUGGAUCAUGGCAAAUGGAGGAUCAUCAAUGGCUCUCGUUAUGAAUACGGCACUAAAGUAGCCUUUACUUGCAAUGCCGGCUAUUACCGGCUCGGCCCCGCCCACAUUCACUGUACAUCCAAUGGGACGUGGAGCUGGAGGAAUGAGCGACCUCGCUGCAAGAUCAUUUCGUGUGGAGAGCUGCCCACUCCUCCUAAUGGAAAGAAAAUUGGAACGCAGACAACCUUCGGAGCAACAGCUAUUUUUACCUGCAACUCAGGAUACAUUCUGGUGGGCUCGACUGUACGGGAAUGUCUGGCAUCGGGUCUCUGGAGCGGGAUGGAGACGCACUGUCUCGCUGGCCACUGCGGUUCUCCGGAAAGGAUUGUGAACGGUCAAGUGAUCGGUGAAAACUUUGGCUACAGGGACACGGUAGUUUACCAGUGCAAUCCAGGUUUCCGGCUCAUUGGCUCCUCUGUGCGCAUCUGCCAACAGGAUCACAACUGGUCCGGGCAGCUCCCAUCCUGCGUGUCCGUUAGCUGCGGUCAUCCAGGCAGCCCUAUCUACGGCCGCACUGUUGGCGACGGCUUCAACCUGAACGAUGUGGUGAACUUCUUCUGUAAUAAUGGCUACAUUCUGGAAGGCCCGUCUCAAGCGCAGUGCCAGGCGGACCGCCAAUGGAGCCAGCAGCCACCCACAUGCCGAGUUGUCAACUGCACAGAUCCUGGUAUACCAGCCAACUCAAUCAGGAAGAGCAAAAUUGAGUAUGGGAACUUCACUUUCGGAACCGUGGUGUCCUAUGACUGCAAUCCCGGCUAUUACCUCUUCGGGUCAUCAGUCCUAACCUGCCAGCCCGUGGGUUACUGGGACAAGCCAUUACCAGAAUGCCUGGAGGUGGACUGUGGUCACCCUGGAUCUCCUCCUCAUGCGGUUGUGAUGGGGGAUAAAUUCACCUUUGGUUCAACAGUUCACUACAGGUGUUUAGAAGACCGCGUUUUGAUUGGUGAAUCCACCCGCACCUGCCAGCUGAACGGCCAAUGGAGUGGCUCUCAGCCUCACUGCUCAGGUGAUAAAAGGGGCGCCUGCGGUGAUCCGGGCACACCGGCCCAUGCCACCCGAGAGGAGGGCAGCUUUCAGCAGCAUGCCAAAGUGCGCUUCACCUGCGCCGCGGGUCACACACUCUACGGCUCGGCAGAACGGAUCUGCUUCCCCAACAGCACUUGGUCGGGCCGUCAGCCCAUCUGCAAACCUGUUCAAUGCGGGAAUCCUGGAACUCCGGCUAAUGGGCACAUAUUGCGUGUUCACGGCACCACCUUCUCUCACUCCAUCAUCUACUCAUGCGUGGAUGGAUACCGGCUCUCAGGUUCUCCCUCUCGUCAGUGCCUGGCGAACGGUACCUGGUCUGGCAGCGAGCCCAACUGCACCCUGAUCAGCUGUGGGGAUCCAGGCGGACCUGCCAACGGCCUGAGGUUCGGAGAGGACUUCACCAUCGGACAGAAUGUGACGUAUUCCUGCCAACCCGGUUUUGUGAUGGAGAAUAGGAGCUCCGUUAUCCGCACCUGCACCCACAACGGCACCUGGAGCGGCACCUUACCCACCUGCCAAGCGGUGACCUGCGCUCCUCCGCCCAGCGUGUCUAACGGUGAGGUGGAGGGCUCUGUGUUUGAGUGGGGCACCAGCGUGAGUUACCGCUGCCUGAUGGGAUACGAACUGUCCUUCCCCGCUGUCCUCACAUGUGUCGGCAACGGCUCCUGGAGCGGAGAGGUUCCUCUGUGCCUACCCAAGUUCUGCGGUGACCCCGGGUUACCUUUGCGCAUCAGACGAGAAGGUCAGAGCUUCAUCUUCAAAGCCGAGGUCACGUACAGCUGCAGCGCCCCCUACGUGCUGGUGGGCUCCUCUACACGCACCUGUCAAGCAGACGGCACAUGGAGCGGGACACAGCCGCGCUGCAUAGAAUCGACUCGGACGAUGUGCGACAAUCCCGGCACUCCGGAGUACGGCUCUCUAAACAGCAGUCUGGGCUUUAAGGUGGGCAGCACAGUGAAGUUCCACUGUCAGACGGGCCACUUGUUACUGGGCUCCACCACACGGACGUGCCAGCAAGAUUUGACCUGGAGUGGCACUCAACCAGAAUGUAUCCCCCACUCCUGUAAGCAACCAAAGACCCCUCCGCAUGCCAACGUGCUGGGCAUGGACCUGCCCUCCUUUGGCUACACGCUGCUCUAUUCCUGCCAGCCUGGUUUCAUACUCACUGGGGGCUCGGAGCAUCGCGCGUGCCGGCCGGAUGGAUCCUGGACUGGGAAAGUGCCCGUUUGUAGAGCUGGCUCGAAAACAACUGAAAAAGUCAUAACGCCUGUUCAAGGAACAUUGAGUCCCAAAGUCAACGUUCCUGACGACGUGUUCUCGCCCACGUAUGUGUGGAAAGGUUCAUUUGAGUAUAAAGGAGUGAAGCAGCCUAUGGCUUUGACAAUCACUAGCUUUAACGUGACUACGGGGAAAGUCAAUGUGACUUUAACUAACAGGCACUCAGAACUGCUGUUGUCAGGUGUUUACAAGAGUCGAGACGCUCGUCUGACGCUGCAGCUCUAUCACAUGAGAGCUCUGGUGAAGAGCACCUACAGCAAGAUCACUGAGGAAACCUUGAUCAUGGAUGGCUUUGUCUCUGCUGACCAUGAAGGAAACACAUACUUGUUUCAAGGCUUUAUACAAGGUAGAGACUACGGCCCAUUUGGACUACAGAGACAAGGUCUGAACAUAAUAGAGCCAACCAGGAGCCCGGAGAUUCCACCCAGAACCAACAGCAGCUCUGUGGCCGUUGCAAUUCUUGUGCCUUUCUUUGCCCUGAUUUUUGCAGGCUUUGGGUUUUAUUUCUAUAAACAGAGGAAGUCUGAUAAAGCGGAGUACAGCGGCUGCUCUGUGCAUGAAAACAACAACGGCCAGGCUACAUUCGAAAAUCCCAUGUACAACACCAAUUCCAAAUCCAUCGAGGGAAAGGUCGUCCGCUUCGAUCCCAAUCUCAAUACGGUUUGCACAAUGGUUUGAGAGUUUGAUGCUGUCAGAACUGUCACUUUUGUGUUGCUAUAUAACUUGUUUUAGUCUCUUCGAAGCAACUUUCAAGCACAGUUUGGGGCGCGGUCCUGACACAGCAGCUCAAAGCUGUGCACAGAUUUGCAGGAAAACGUCAUAUUCUUCACCAUUCGAGUGGAGAAUUAUAUAUUAUCUACAUCUCACUCUGAGAGUGUUGAUUUUGUAUUUAAAAGAAAACAAAAACAAAAAGUUAGGUGUCCUUUUUUUAAUGUGAGAUUCAUGUGGAGCAAAUUAUUUGAAGCAAUUCCAAGGGCGUUCACACAUACAGGGAUUUGUUGCGUUGAAAAGUUGAGCAACGUUGAACUUUAUGCAAGUCAACAUGAUACUGUGACUACCAGAAGGAGUGAAGACAUUUGAUGUGAUAACGUGAUCCAUCUCUUUUUAGAUACAAAAUGGUUAAGUUAAUGUUCCGUAUGAUUUCUCUGCUCAAAAAAAAAAAAAAUGAUGCAUGGAGAAUAUUGUCAGAAAUCAUGAGCAUUUAAAGUCCAUUCAUGCACUGAUAAUCGUUCAUUUACUUCAUGAGUGCUGCUGCGAUUUAUAUUCAAAUUUUUUCUUCUGCAGAAUGCUCAUUUGUACCGGCAAGAAAACUGAUUCUGUCAAACAAGCUUAUUUUUACUCACAACGCAUCUCAGCGUGUGAUGAAAUGGCUGUAUGUGUGAACGCCCCUUUAGACUGUGCACAUCAUCUCGUCAUCGCAGUGCGCUUAAAAAGUCGCUUAAGGAACAUGACUGUUCCUAGUGGAUGAUGCUCUCUUUAUUCUCAUCAUGGAAUAUCAACACUCAAGUAUUUUAAUAAGGAAUGAUUGCUAUUACAAAUUGUUUUUAACAAUUUAACAAAUUGUGAACUAAUCCUUUGAAGGUGAAGUUUGUAAUUUGUUCAAUAUUUAAAAAAAUUCUGUAACUGUGAGUAAGCCAUUCGUAGGUGACUUCCUGAAGAGUGUAACACUGUGGCUUUGUGGUGCUUUUCACAAUACUCUUUAUGAUCGAGCAUCCUGACAUGUCAACUUUAGACUCCAAUGGCGGUGGAAGGUGUGUGAGGGCCAGUUCAGACAGAAACACAUUCUAGCGUUAAAAAUAGUGUAACUAAGGCUACGUUUACACGGCAACGAUGUAGUCAAAAACGGAAAAGUUUUUCCCUUACAUUUUUAAUAAGUUUAAUGUAAACACAACAGCGUUUUCAAAACAAUUCACGUUUACACAUAUCUUAGAAAAAAAAAAAACGGCCAAAAAAGCUGUAUUGCAUAUGCCAGGCCACAGUGGCGAUUUCUUUAAGACUGCAAGGGAAGCUCGGCUUCCCUUAUAAUGUCACAAAAUUAAUGGUCAAAUAUGUACUAUUGUAUUAACAUUUUAUUGACUAAAAAUGCGUUAGAAAACGUUCAUCUCAACGAUGAGUUCGUUCAGAAUCAGUUACAUAUAGCAGGUCAGCUGACUCGAUUUCCUUCUCAUACAUUCCCGCAGCGUCACAGUGCAUUUCCCUAUUGAAGCCC